AUGGCAGCCUUUGGAAUCCAUUUCGGCACGUGUUCCGCUUGUUUAGCUGUUUAUAAGGAUGGUCAAACAGAUGUGAUAGCCAAUGAUCUAGGUGAUAGAGUGACACCAUGUGUUGUAGCCUUUACAGAAUUCGAACAGUCAGUGGGUGCUGCUGCAAAACAAGGCAUCAUACGUAAUGCCCAGAAUACUAUUUGUCAUGUUAAACAAGUUAUUGGUAAAGAUUUUAAUGACCCUAGUAUUCAAGACUACAUGAAGACAUGGCCUGUUACAGUAAGUAUAAUCUAA